UUCUUUGACCGGGAAUAUUUAAUUUGCCUACUUCUGCUAAAGAAAAUUAUUAGUUUUCUAUGGAGACAGUGAAAAAAAAUUAUAUUAGAGUUAAUUCUGUGCGUAAAUUGCAAUAAAUGUGGCAGUGUAUUGUAAUAAUUUGCAUUGAUUUGAGGUGUGUCUGGUUUGACAUAUAACCUAAGUUCCAGAUUUUAUCAUUAUUUAGUUGAAUUUUAAAAGCACCAGUACAAGUGAGAUAAUGCAGCAUUUAAUUCAAGAUAGUCCCUUGUUAGGCAAAUUGAAACAUUGGCGCCAAGCCGUUUCUUUCAGUGACAUUCAAUUAACUACAUCUCAAAAGGUUGUAUUAUGGAGUAUAGGAGUAGUAGGUACAAGUGCAGUUGUUGUUGGAGUACUCUCCAGAUACUUGGCAAGACGACGAGCCAAGCCUAUCUUGAACCCUAGAAUCCAAAGAGCUAUCAAUAAGAGAAUCUCCCGCAUGAGAAGUCCUAAUGGAGGAAUGGGUUCAGUUGCAAGCAGUGGAGGUCGCAGCAGUCCUCUAGGCUUCAGUGAGCGACUUUCACUUGCAUCAGGGUCUAUUGGUUCGGGUGGUGGCGAUGCAUCGCCGCUUUCGCCGCAACAACUCGGCGUUAUGGGUAUGGAAGCGUUGGAGACGAGUAUAAACUACUGGGAAGAUGCGUUAGCGGCAUUCAGCCUGGGCGCUCGGGGAGGCGUCACGGGCACUCUGGCGCUCACUUCGCCAGAGGAAGCAGAGUUCUGUCGCGAGAUCCAAGAUUUAUUACAGAACGCUUAUUUAUUGCAGGAGCGAUGCGAGCUUCUCUUCUUAGACCAGCGAUCGGUGUUAUUUCGUUCUGAAAGCGGCGGACCUCCGGUGGGCGGGCCGGAGGGCUCAGCGGCGGAGGGCAGACGCUCACGUCUCUUGUCUACACACACUGGCUCGUCACACACUAAACGCGAGCACCAUUCCAGUGCAGAGUCUUUCGCGAGUGCCGAGGAUGAGGUAGCUGAUUUGAGAGAUUUUGACGACUUCACAGAUCUAGCGCCAGAAAUAGAAAAUCUAGAAUUAUACCAAAUUGCACUAAAACAGUUAGAAGUCGGUAUUCCAUACAGAACACUUCGCACAGACGUGGUCCAGUGUUCGUCAGACUCUGAAUUCCUGUGUAAGCUGCACUGCCUGCGGCUGGCAUUCCAAUACGUCUUCAAGGACGCCGCUGUCUGGGCAUGGUUUGUGGACGCUGGCCGUCAAGUGCUUACGGACCUGCUGCUUUUUGCUGACAAGGAACCUAAAGAAUUUUUAGUCGCCUACGAAGAAAUGGUGUCAUGGGCAACAGAUGUCGCUAACUGGCAUUUGAUAGAAAAUGAACUUUCCAGUAAAGGGGUCAAGGUACUCACCUUCUACGACGUAGUGCUGGACUACAUCCUGCUGGAUGCCUUCGAAGACCUUGCCUCGCCGCCAUCCUCUGUACUGGCUGUUGUUAGAAAUCGGUGGCUUUCAGACGGAUUCAAAGAAAGUGCAUUAACGACAGCAGUAUGGUCCGUGAUAAAGGCGAAGCGACGCUAUCUCCAGUACCCUGACGGCUUCAUGGCCCAUUUCUACUCGAUAUCCGAACACCUACUACCAGUUCUCGUAUGGGGUUUCCUCGGCCCCAGAGAGCGAUUACGCGACGUAUGCCAAACUUUCCAAUCAGAAAUAGUUGGGUUUAUUGCGGACUUGUUCAGUUUUCACAAAUGCCGAUAUACAAACGUCGACGACCUCUCCAGUGAUAUAAUGCAACACGCCAGAUGUCGCGCCGCUAACAUCACAGACAAACUAGCGGAAAGAAAUUAAAUCAACGUAAACUUAAGCUAAAGUGACAACAAUCCUUCGAGUCACUUACGAACAAAACAUCUUUAUUAUAGCCUUAGAAAGAACAAAAAUAAAAUCAGAAAGCACAUUCCGAUACCGAGUGAGUUAAGGUAUGCCGUAAUUUUUGUCCAAGUUUCGCUGACAACAGGUGUUCACGCGUUCAAGCCUAGCUUUUUUUUGUUGGAUCGCAUGCUUGGGACAACGCAAUUGGAUCGUUACAAAACGUCACGCCUUCAGACGUAGUCCCUAAGGUUAAGGGUAAUAGUAGGCUAAUAUUUCUACAGACUGUUUAGCUGUAAGAAAAAAUGUACUUCUUCCGCAUUUUUAGUUUUCACUAAGCAUUUAAUAUAGUUGAGAAAAUAUUAAAUUGUAUUUCAAAUAUUUAAAAAAAUACACUUAUGAUAAGAACAAACCA